CCCUUGGCGAAGUGGUGGGGCCAAAUGGAUCAGCCUGGCUCAGGGGACAGCCAGGUGUAAGGAGCCAGGGCCCCAGGCCAGCUCUCACCUGCUGCUCCCUAGGCAUUGGGCUUCCCAAGACUGCCCAGCCAAGUCCAACCGUCUUAGAACAACCAGGACUUAUUGUCUCAGAGCUCUGGGGCCAGAAGUCCAAAGUCAUGGUGUGAGCAGAUUCUUUUUCCCUUGGAGGCUUCUGAGUGUAUCUUUGUCUGACUUUGUCCAGCUUCUGGGGACUGCAGGCAACCCUUAGCCCUUCUUACUUUUGGCUAUGCAACUCUGCUUCCUCUGUGUGUGUGCACAUGUUGUAGUGUGUGUGUGUGUGUGUGUGUGUGUGUGUGUGUGUGUGUGUGUGUGUGUAAGAGUGUGUGUGUGAGAGUGUGAACUUUCAUGUGGCAUUUUUGCAUGGGUACCUCUGUGUGUGUGUGUGUGUGUGUGUGUGUGUGUGUGUGUGUGUGUGUAAGUAUCAGCUCCCAUGUGACAUUUUUGCAUGGGCACCAGCUCAGGACCCAGCCUAGUCCAGCAUGAUGUCGUAUUACUUGACUCCAUCUACAGAGACCCUGUUUCCUAAUAAGAGCGCAGUCAGAUGCCCAGCGUUAGAGAGCUGGGAUAUAACUUCUGGGGAGACACAGUGCAACCACACUGCCAGCAGGGCGUCCCUAGACAAGGGAAUGGUCCCUUCUAUCACUCCCCGAUCUAUGCCACAGAUCUAUGCCUACAGCUAGGCAGCAGGCAUGGGGGUUGAAUCUUGCUUCUUUUAGGGCUUUUGAGUCUCCAGGAUUUCCUGGAGGCCCGUGGUGCAGACUGCAAGGCCAAGUCUUCAUUUGGCCCAGACCCCCCAGAGUUCCCCGUCCAUGGCAGUGGUGGGAAGGAUGUGUCUCUGAUGUGGACGCUGAGGUUUAUGAUUCUCCUCCUUGCCCUGAACAAGCUGCCAGCAACAAUUUCCUUACUCCAAACUGCUCCGGUACCUUGUACGAAUUGUGGAGAAAGCGGACGGCUCAUCCCUGCCUACAAGGAACAUGGACUCUGUGGGAAGCACACGGUUCACCCGUGUGAUGGUCGGUUUGUGCCUGGGAGUCAGUACAAGUGGAAUGUGGUACCCAGCUGUGAGCCUGACACCUAGGUGGGUCAUCCACUCACCAGCCAGACUCAUGGUUACCCAGGCAACCAGCUGAUGCCCAGAGCCAGUAGAGCAGGACACCCACCUGAGUCCUGCUGUUUCCUUGGUAGCAGUAAUAGCUGCGGGGAGGCAGCCUAUGAUGGUCACUUAGGAGGCUGAGUGCCUGAGCUCUGUCCCUUUUUCAGAGUACCCAUCUCCCCAGGAGCUGGCUUCUCAGGCACACAGAAGCUGGGCUUUCUAACUUGACAGGAAGGCACCACAGACAUUAAGGAACAGAAGACACAGGUUUUAAAAGUUGCUAUAUUUAUGUGUAUGGGUGUCAGCUCUGUGUAUGCCUGUGCCUGGUACUCAGGCAAGCCAAUAGAAGGCACCAGUAAGCUCCCCUGGGAUUGUAAGUAUAGAUGAUGGUGAGCUGCCAUGUGGGGGCUGGGAGCUAGGUCCUCUAGAAGAGCAGCUCUUAACUCCUGAGCAAGCUCUCCAGCCCCAGCUUCACCCUACUUGACGAUGUGAGGUCAGGUUACAAACACGGCUACCCGGUUCUCUCUGGCUCUCGCUAGCUACGCGGCUUCAGCUUCAGUUUUCUCGUCUAUAAAGUGGGGUUCACCUCCCCGGGGUACUGUUGAGAUUUCAGAAGUUAAUGUGUAGGUCUGGGGGAGGGGUAGCUUAAUAAAGCAAGCCUUGCAAACUUGGAGACCCCAGAGCCCAUGUGAAAAAGCCAGGCGUGGUGGUGCACUCUCGAAAUGCCAGCGCUGAGAGGUGGAGACAGGUGGAUUCCCAAUCGCUGACCAGCAAGUUCCAGGCCAGUGAGAGACUCUGUCAAAAAAAUGAGAUGGAGAGCUCGCGAAGAAUGGAUUCCUCUACUGGUGGGCGGGGCCAGCGGGCGACCAUGCAGUGACUGGUGUCCAAAUCUAAGUCGCCCGAAAGACGCACACGGUUCACUGAUGGUCACAGUAGCGGCCAUCCAGAUGUUAGCAGAGGCAGAGAUGGGAACAGUGUGGGGCUUGUCUACGGACAAGCAGCUCAGCAAUAGUGACCUGGCCACACGAUGACCUCCAUCAUGAGAAGGAAUAGAAUACUGGGGCUCGGGAGGCUGCCUGGCAACUCCGAGGCCAUCGCGCUGAGCGCAAGAAACCUGGCUCAAAAGACCGUGUGUUUAUUGUCUGACUCCAGUUUUAUGUCCAGAAACCAGAAAGAGGGGAGGUGUUGGAGGAGGCUGUUGGGUGUCCCCAGUUCUCUUUGGGGUGACAGCUGUACAUGACGUAUGUGCUAAGCGCCACGGGACUGUAUGCCUUGAGAAGACUGGUGUUUCAGUGACGUGUGACUUUCACCUGGAUAAUGGGUGUGUAUAGACAACUAAGACCGCAGGGCUGACUCUCGGGCUUGGAGUCCCCCCCAUAGACAGGGCCACAGAGUAUUUCUAUCUCCGUGUGCUUUCUGUUGCCGUGAUUAACACCGUGACCAAGAGGAGUAGCUUGGAGAGGAAGGGGAAUAUUUCAUCUUACAGGUUAUAGUUCAUCCUUGAGUGAAGCUAAAGGCAGAAACCAAAGCGUGUUUUCUUACAUAGUCCAGAUUCACCUGCCUGGGGGAUGGCACCUCCCACAGUGGGCUUGACCUUCCUCCAUCACUAGCCAAUCAAGAAAAUGUCUCAUAGACCUGACUUGUCCACGGGCUGGUCUGAUGGAGGCAAUUCUUUAUAAGAGAACCUACAUGAGAAGCCACACACCCCUACACACCCCUACACACACACACACACAUACACACACACACACACACACACACACACAAGUACGUACACAGAAGCACACAUACAAACACACAAGCCCGCAUGCCCUUUAUAAAGUUGAGUAAGUUAACACUUUUACAUUGAGCCACAUUCAAGAGGUUCCCUCUUCCUGAUGACUCUAGGGCUGUGCCAAGUUGACAGCUAAAGCUUGACAGUUGCAGGGAUUGGGGGAUGAGGAUCUCUUCCGAGCCUGUGACAAAGGAAGGCUCCUCGUAACAGAGCAAUCGUUUCGCCUUAAUCUCUGAACAUUUCUAGAUGAGAUGGGCCCACCCUGUGACAAAGGCAGCCUGCGUUUGCAGUAUUUCAGUGCUUUUAUUAGCGUGCUAAUUAUGCUCAACGGUGGGUUUCCAUUACGACAUUUUCAUAGGUGUGUAUGAUAUGUUUAGAAGGCUGAUUGUCUGCCCACACCAACAUCUGCAGCCCGUAGCGAGGACAGAGUCUUGAUGGGCAUUGUCAGUCUGCUUGCCUUUCUUGCUGGGUGUACAAGGGACUCUGGGGGGACAAAACAUUAAUUAGUAACUUUUCUUGUCACUGAUAGAGCGUCUGGCAGAGACAGCUGCAGGGGGAGGGGAGGUUUGUUCAUGCUUAUAGCCCAUCGUGGGGAAGCAAGCAUGACAGCGGACAGGUGGUAGCAGCUUAUUAUAUGAGAGCAACUAAGGAGUAAAGAGGUGGAGCCAGGGCGUUGGGGAUUUAGCUCAGUGGUAGAGCGCUUGCCUAGGAAGCGCAAGGCCCUGGGUUCGAUCCCCAGCUCCGAAAAAAGGAACCAAAAAAAAAAAAAAAAAACAAACAAACAAACCUCAAGCCUCAGCCUUACAGCCUGCUUGCAACAAUUCAGCUCCACAUGGAGAAAAUCCCACCACCUCCCAAAACCACGCCAGCAGCUGGGGACCCAGUGUUCAAACACAUGGGAUAUUUCACUGUGAAACCAUACCUUGGAGGAAAGAGCUCAAGGAGGGGUCCCUGUUUAGGCCUGUUCAACCUGCACCCCAUAACUCAGAUCCGAGAGGAUUGCUUUGAAUGUGGUCCAGUGCAAAACUGUUAACCUCGUAAAGGGGAUGUGUGUGCGUGUGAGUGCGUGUGUAGGUUCCCAUGUGAACUUUGUCGGUGGCAGCGUCAAAAGGUUGGACACACCCACAGUGGGGGCUUAAAGAAACUCAUGUCCCCUGUGGAAGAUUCUGUCCUUGCGCUGGGCACAAAGCUGUCUGCUCUGUGGAGCAGCAGAUGUGCUGGACCUUAGGCAUGGCAAUGGGGGCAUAGCAUUGCCCCAUAGCUCCUUCUGUGGUGACAGCAGGGUCCUCUGUCUAGCAGCUGCAGUGACAUUGGGUGGCUGAAGAGCUGGACGUCCACUUAAAUUUUCUUCUAAUUAAGUUGACUGUGCUGUCAGAAGCCCCCUGGGUCCAGUAGCUUUUAGACAGGCCAGGCAGCUCCAUGCCAAACCUAGAAAUAAAGUGUCAAAACCAUCCUCCCUAGCUCGCUUGGUUCCGUCUCCUCAGGGACGCCCUCCCCUCCGCAGCUCCUCAGAGUACCCGUGACAAGUGACGAGGAGCAUGCGUACUUGUGUGCACGAGAGCCUUGGAGGCUGCAGCAGGCAGCAGAGCUGUCGUCCCCCCCUCCCUCUUCCCCAAUCCUAGGGAAGAGCGUUUCCAGUACAUUCCGAGCCACACCUCCUGGUGAGGGACACCCACCUGAUGACAGCUAGUCUCCUGUGGAAGAGCUAAGAGGCUCCACACUCUCAGGCUCGGGAACCCCAGUGUCUUGUGCCUGCUCCUACCGCAGGAACAGUUUCCAGAGAGAUGGCUGGUGUUGCCCAGAAAAAGAUUUACAAAUACAAGAAAGUCCUGAGUAACCCGAGCCGCUGGGAGGUUGUCUUGAAGGAGAUACGGACACUGGUCGACAUGGCUCUCACGUCCCCGCUGCAGGAUGACUCCAUCAACCAGGCUCCACUGGAAAUCGUCUCAAAACUGCUCUCGGAGAACACAAACCUGACCACUCAGGAGCACGAGAACAUCAUUGUGGCAAUUGCGCCUCUGCUGGAGAACAACCACCCACCACCAGACCUCUGCGAGUUCUUCUGCAAGCACUGCAGAGAGCGGCCCCGGUCUAUGGUGGUCAUCGAGGUGUUCACGCCAGUGGUUCAGAGGAUCCUUAAGCAUAAUAUGGACUUCGGGAAAUGCCCAAGGCUGAGGCUCUUCACCCAGGAGUACAUCCUCGCCCUGAAUGAGCUCAACGCAGGCAUGGAGGUGGUCAAGAAGUUCAUUCAAAGCAUGCAUGGCCCCACAGGGCACUGCCCACACCCCCGGGUCCUGCCCAACCUCGUGGCUGUGUGCCUGGCUGCCAUAUAUUCCUGCUAUGAAGAGUUCAUCAACAGCCGCGACAACUCCCCCAGCCUGAAAGAGAUCCGGAACGGCUGCCAGCAGCCGUGCGACCGGAAGCCCACCUUACCUCUGCGCCUGCUGCACCCCAGCCCGGACCUGGUGUCUCAGGAAGCCACAUUGUCUGAGCCACGGCUCAAGUCGGUGGUCGUGGCCUCCAGCGAGGUCCACGUAGAGGUGGAGCGCACCAGCACUGCCAAGCCGGCGCUGACAGCCAGCACGGGCAAUGACAGCGAGCCCAACCUUAUUGACUGUCUCAUGGUCAGCCCGGCGUGUGGCACCAUGAGCAUCGAGCUGGGCCCCCAGGCAGGCCGCACGCUCGGCUGUCAUGUGGAGAUCCUCAAGCUGCUGUCCGACUAUGAUGACUGGAGACCGUCUCUGGCCAGCUUGCUUCAACCCAUUCCAUUCCCCAAAGAAGCUCUCGCGCACGAGAAGUUCACAAAGGAGCUGAAGUACGUGAUUCAGAGGUUUGCAGAAGAUCCAAGACAGGAAGUCCACUCGUGUCUGCUGAGCGUGCGGGCAGGCAAGGAUGGCUGGUUCCAGCUCUACAGUCCUGGAGGGGUGGCCUGUGAUGAUGACGGGGAACUGUUUGCCAGCAUGGUGCAUAUCCUCAUGGGCUCCUGUUACAAGACCAAAAAGUUUCUGCUCUCACUGGCUGAAAACAAACUGGGCCCCUGCAUGCUCCUGGCACUGAGAGGGAACCAGACCAUGGCAGAGAUACUGUGUUUGAUGCUGGAGUACAACAUCAUCGACAACAACGACACCCAGCUACAGAUCAUCUCCACGCUGGAGAGCACAGACGUGGGCAAGCGCAUGUAUGAACAGCUUUGCGACCGGCAGCGGGAGUUGAAGGAGCUGCAAAGGAAAGGCGGACCCACCAGGCUAACACUGCCCUCCAAGUCCACGGACGCGGACCUGGCCCGCUUACUGAGCUCCGGCUCCUUUGGAAACCUGGAGAACCUCAGCUUGGCCUUCACCAACGUCACCAGUGCCUGCGCCGAGCACCUCAUCAAACUGCCUUCUCUCAAGCAGCUCAACCUGUGGUCCACGCAGUUUGGAGACGCCGGCCUGCGGCUCCUGUCGGAACACCUCACUAUGCUCCAGGUGCUGAACCUGUGUGAGACCCCAGUCACCGACGCGGGCUUGCUGGCCCUCAGCUCCAUGAAGAGUCUUUGCAGUUUAAAUAUGAACAGCACCAAGCUCUCGGCUGACACCUAUGAGGAUCUGAAGGCCAAGCUUCCUAAUCUAAAGGAGGUUGAUGUUCGCUACACAGAAGCCUGGUGAAGCCCCCUGUGUGCACAGGAUGGCGUCGCACAAAACAAAAACAAAAAAGAAACAAAACAAACAAAAAAAAAUGACUCUUGACUAAUAGCCGUAGAGCAGUGGGUCCCGGGGUGGUCCCAGCACCUGGCUGCGGGAUAGAUGGGGGAGUCUUAGGGGGGCCGAGGGAGGAAGGGUGGGGAAAUCCUCAGCACGCCCAGACCCCCCGCCUAAUUCUUAGAGCUUCAUAUUGGAACCUUUGACCUUGAUCAAAAGCGGCCUUGGUGGCAACAAGAGGAGGAACAGCGGGCAGGCAGGGCAGGGAGGGGUGGGCGGGAAUCCCUGUGUGGAGUUUCUUUGCCUUUGUUGUGUUAUACCGUGGGGAGUGGGGAGGGAGCAUUCAUCCAGCCUGAUGCUGUUGACUCGGGCCAGAAGGAGGAGUCUUCUUCCUGGAGGUGCACCGAGCGGAGAUCUCACCCCUACCAUUGGGGCAGGAAUACCCAGUCACGUCACCCCAUCGUCCUGUGUCCUCACCAUCGCUAUGCAAAGUGGUUCUUGUUGUACAUAAGAUUUAAAUAACGCACCUAUUUAAGAAACGUUGACAAAUUGCGGGUCUGGGACCCGCUCUUAUUUAUGAAGUCUUUCACCGGCCCUCCCUCCUCACCUGCCCCCACUUGCCCGCUCUCCCUACCUUCCCCCACACACAACCCCCCCCCAGCCCCUGGCGUGUAGUACUGUCUGAACCAGUCAGCUGUCGGGUUAGUGCUUGUAGUUCAGGUUUUUAAAGGAAACAACAACAGGGAAAAAAAGACCUUUGGAAACUUAAUUGCUUUUUUCUUACCAGUCUCUGUAUGGUAAUAUUCUCCUGGUCAGUCAGUCUGCCCACUUGCUACUCUGUAUUAUUUCCAGAUGUCUCCAGCUUCCUCGUGGGUGGGGAUCAAGAUGGGGGGGAGGGGCGGGGAGAGGAAGAAAGAGGUUCUCCGUAUUGUAGCUCACACCUCCCCUUCUCUGCUUCUGUGACUCUGGAAGGGCCCUGACCUUCCCUCCCUGUAUACCCCUGUAGGAGAGUUGGUCCUCCAAGGUCCUGCUGUCGUUCCUUACCCCCUUUUAUGCUGUCCCUGUCCCCUACUGAGACUUGCAACCUGUGGCUUCCCCACCCUGUGGUUUUAACGCAUGCCCCAUGCCCACUUCUUUGCAUGGUCUCUUGGGAGAGAAGAGCAGCUACGUCACCCAGCCAGCCUGACCCGACCCGACCGUCCACACCUCCCCUCCACCGACGUGGUCACUGCUGCGGCAUCCCCUCCCCCUUGUGCCCGGAGGCAGACCAACCUCAUUUCUUUUUACAAACAGUUGGCUUUUUCUUACCAAGCCCUCACUGUACAGAAACAGCCCUUUGACAGUUCUUUUGGGGAUCCCCCCCCCUUUCCCCGACUCCAGCCCUUUUUAUGUUAGUUUAGCACAAAUCGUUCCCCUCCCUGGCACCUCCAAACCAGACCCACCAGUCGACGUUAAUUGUUUUUUAUCUAUUUAAUCUUAUUCGAUGGAGACCAUGCUUCAUUUGUUUUAUACUUUGCCAGGUAGACUUUAUUACCCACCCUGCCCCCAACUAUGCCCUCAUUUUUUUAAAAAAGGAAAAAAAAAAAAAACACACCAAAAAAAAAAAAAAAGGAAAAAAAAAAAACAAAAACAGAGAGACUUCGGGUUCGAGUCUCAGUCUUAAUUCCCCUUCCGUGGCAGGUUUUCUUCUGUGCGUGUGCCUGUGUGUGUGUGGAGUGAGUUCUGGUUUGUGUUUGUUUUUCUCUGUUGAUUUCUGUUGUUGCUUCCUCCCGACCCCGAGACCCCGGUUCCGAACUUCACAGCACCCCGGUGCAGAGAGAAGCAGAAGCAGAAAAAAAUAUAAAAUAAAAUAAAAAAGUAAAAAAAAAAAUUAAAAAGUUAAAAAAAAAAGGAAAAAAAGGAAAAAAUUUUAAAAAGGAAAAAAAAAAAAAACGAAGAACUAAGACAUGCCACCCCCACCCCACCCCCACUCCCACCCCGCAAUGUUGCUUUUCUUGAUGGUUAAUAAUAAAUACUGUCACGUAGCUGUGUACAAAGAGAUGUGAAAUACUUUCAGGCAAAAAUAAACUGUAAGUGACUCAUGAAA